GGAAGUGCUGUUGGUGCUUAGGUUGCGAUGCAGCCAGCGUCUGACUCGGCGCUUAAAAGGCUAAGGAGGGGGCGUGGUCCCCAGCCUGCUUCCGACGUCUGAGUCGGGGAAGGGGGAAAGGGGCGGGGCGCCGUCAAGGCUGCCCUGCGGGAGAGCCGCCUCCCUCCCCGCCCCCGAGAGUGGGCCACUGCGCGAGCCAAGGAGGCAGGCCGAUGGGCGGGGCAGCAACCGCGGCAGGCCGUGAGAGCGGCGGUAGCAACCCGAGCAGCCGCCCUAGCGGCGAUGCCCUGCCUUCCCCCGCGCAGUGGUGGGCCCGGCCCGGCGGGCCCUUAACCCGGCGGCUGGUCCUGUCGGAAGCGAAGCAGCGUUGAGGCGGGCCGGGAGCCCCGCUGCACCAGCGGCACCAUGCCGUGCACCUGCGGGAACUGGCGGCGCUGGAUCCGGCCGCUGGUGGCCACGAUCUACGUCGUGGGGCUGCUGGUGGCGGUGCCGCUCUGCGUGUGGGAGAUGCAGAAACUGGAGGUUGGAAUCCAUACCAAGGCAUGGUUUAUUGCAGGAAUAUUUUUAUUGAUGACAAUACCAAUAUCUCUUUGGGGAAUCUUACAACACUUAGUUCAUUAUACUCAACCUGAAUUACAAAAACCAAUAAUAAGGAUUCUAUGGAUGGUGCCAAUUUACAGUCUAGACAGUUGGAUAGCAUUGAAAUAUCCCAACAUUGCAAUAUAUGUCGAUACUUGUAGAGAAUGCUAUGAAGCGUAUGUCAUCUAUAACUUCAUGGUAUUUCUUUCAAAUUACCUGACCAACCGGUAUCCAAAUCUGGUGUUAAUAAUAGAAGCCAAAGAUCAGCAGAAACAUCUGCCACCGCUGUGUUGCUGUCCACCAUGGGCAAUGGGAGAGGUUUUGUUGUUCCGGUGCAAGCUUGGUGUUCUGCAGUAUACUGUCGUCAGACCAUUCACAACCAUUAUUGCAUUAAUCUGUGAACUGGUUAAUGUAUACGAUGAAGGAAACUUUAGCUUCAAGAAUGCCUGGACCUACUUGGUUAUAUUCAACAACAUAUCUCAGCUUUUUGCCAUGUAUUGCCUUGUGUUGUUUUAUAAAGUGCUCCGGGAAGAAUUAAAUCCAAUCAGACCUGUGGGCAAAUUUCUGUGUGUGAAGAUGGUCAUUUUUGUUUCCUUUUGGCAAGCUGCACUUAUUGCCUUGUUGGUGAAAGUUGGUGUUAUCUCUGAAAAGCACACAUGGGAAUGGCAAAGUGUAGAAGCUGUAGCAACUGGCCUACAAGAUUUUAUUAUCUGUGUGGAGAUGUUCUUUGCUGCAAUUGCUCACCACUACAGUUUUUCCUACAAGCCUUACGUUCAAGAAGCUGAAGAAGGAUCAUGCUUUGAUUCGUUUCUUGCAAUGUGGGAUCUUUCUGAUAUCCAAGCAGACAUAUCAGAACAGGUUCGCAAUGUUGGAAGGACAGUUUUUGGACAACCAAGGAAAAUGUUUUUUGGUGAAGAUCAUGACCAGAACGAACAUACAAGCUUGCUGUCAUCGUCCACUCAAGACCCAAUUUCUGCUGCAUCUUCCAUACCAUCAUCACCUGUAGGUCACUAUCAAGGGUUUGGACACACUGUGACUCCAACAAUGCCUCCUGAACCGACAUAUGAUGGCUUGUAUAACUCUUUAGAAGAGAAUGAGAAAUCCCCUGUUCCAACAGAGAAACCUAUGGAGGAAAGUUAAACUAUCUUCACUCAAAUAUGUAACAGGAGUUACUCAGCAAGAAACGCCUAUGUUUGUUUUUCGUCUUGGAUGUCUCAUUCUUUCUGGAAGAAUGUCAUGUGCUGCUUGGCACACUUAAGACAAACAAAACACGUGGCUGGAAAUUCAGUUUCAAGUACUGCAUCUUUGGACUAUAAAAGGAAGAGAGUAUAUCAAAUGAAACUUGCCUGCUGAACAUAGUUUUAAAUCUUCAUUGCUAUGAUAGUAUUAAGUCAACAUGGAUUUAUAAUAGUUGAAAAUACUAAAGUAUAUGUUGUAGGCACCUGAAAAUUUGGGAGUCCAGGCAAAUGACAUAAUUACAGUGUUGAACAGUGAAUCCAGCCUUUUACAAAAAUCUGCCUCUUUGGAUAUGAGUGGUGAAGUAGGAAGCUUCAGGUCAACUCACCUCUGAACUGUUACUUGUCCCAUUCCAAAACAUUGUCUAAUGUUCCAGAAUUGUUGCAGAACUUAUUAUUAGGGAUGGGUUAGUAGUGAACUGGAAUUGUCCUCUCAAUAGCACCGGUAUGCCUGUUGCACAAGCCAGUUAGGUUAUUGUAUGUCCCAUUAGCUUGACAAUACAGUAACUAUUACUGUUACUGUAGGUAACAGAAAAUUAAGAGCAUCUUUCGCUUAUGCACUGGAAGUUGCUCUAGAGUGGAUUAGUUAUGAAAGCUUUGUAAUUAGUGUUAUAAAAUGGAAGAAUUGCUUUGCUCAUUGAAAAAAAAACUGAUCAGUACUUUCUUUACCAAUAUCAAACACUUCAUGUAGGUUAUGUCCCAAUGGCUUGUCAAAUACUCUGUAUUCAUUCUGUGAUGUGGAUACCAUUUUAAUGCCUUUAAUUCUUGAAUUCCUAGUAUAUUUGCCUUCCAAAAACUGUAGAAUCAAGUAAUUAUGUAAUACUGAUGUAACACUAAAUGUUAAGAUACAGGAAUGUAACAAAUUAGUAUUGUUCUAAGGACUUUAUUGCACAUCUGAUUAAUGAAUAAUUUUAUGACCCAUUAUCAGUUGUACUUGCAUUGCAUGCUUGCUGUCUUAACCUUUAUAUGUAGAAAUCUACAGCAAGGUUUGCAUUUGUAAGUGGCAUCUUUACAAAGGACCCAAAUUUUCAGCAUCCAGAUGCCCUUUGCAGGACUUGGUUUUAACUGAUAUGUGGCUGUUACAGUUGACUCAUCCUACAAGUGCUUUUUGCAGUACUAGUGUUUUAUAAAUUAAUUGGCCUUAUUCACUAGGCUGCAUAUCUUAUGGCUAAAUUUGGUGCAUCUUAAAAUUAAGUUGGAAAGGGGCAAAUCAUUUAUUCAUUGACUUUGUUGUAUAUAAGCAAAUAAAAUUUUAUUUAAACUUC